GAUGUGGUUGAAUAAAACAGAUGAUUACUUCCAUGAUUUUUCCUACACAAAUUUUUAACAGCAUGGGAAAUAAACAUCUUUAUAGUUAAUAUAGUGAUUCAUGUGUUUCUUUGUUAAGAUAAGUCAGUUAGGUUAAACUUAAUUAUAAUUACAGUUAGGAGACGGUGGGACCACAUUGAAUGUGGUGUUUUGUCUGUUUGUUGGACUGGGAAAGGAGCUGAUAAACUGUUGUUUAAACUUUGCAUUUCUCAUUACCAGUGAAUGACUAAGGUUGCACUAUCAGAACAGUACUGCCUCUGCUGCUUGGGUGCCUUCCUUCAUUAAUAUAUAGAUCCAAUAAUCCCAAGUUUUGUUUACCAGACUGCAUGGAAACUUACCAUAUAUCCCCAAGCCAGACUGGGCAUCAUAUAGACAGUGUAGUUCAUUAUUGCCACUUCAUAUGAUCCAAGCUUCUCUCUCAGUAUCAAUGUAAUUAAGAUCUACAGGAAAUCAAGAAAUAGGCAUAAGGUUUCUGAGUAACUUGAGGGUCAGCUUGUAGAGACAGUAAAAGGAUCACAGGAACACAGCCCACUCACAGGGUAGUAGAGGGAGGAUCACAGGAAUACAGCCCACUCACAGGGUAGUAGAGGGAGGAUCACAGGAAUACAGCCCACUCACAGGGUAGUAGAGGGAGGAUCACAGGAAUACAGCCCACUCACAGGGUAGUAGAGGGAGGAUCACAGGAAUACAGCCCACUCACAGGGUAGUAGAGGGAGGAUCACAGGAAUACAGCCCACUCACAGGGUAGUAGAGGGAGGAUCACAGGAAUACAGCCCACUCACAGGGUAGUAGAGGGAGGAUCACAGGAAUACAGCCCACUCACAGGGUAGUAGAGGGAGGAUCACAGGAAUACAGCCCACUCACAGGGUAGUAGAGGGAGGAUCACAGGAAUACAGCCCACUCACAGGGUAGUAGAGGGAGGAUCACAGGAAUACAGCCCACUCACAGGGUAGUAGAGGGAGGAUCACAGGAAUACAGCCCACUCACAGGGUAGUAGAGGGAGGAUCACAGGAAUACAGCCCACUCACAGGGUAGUAGAGGGAGGAUCACAGGAAUACAGCCCACUCACAGGGUAGUAGAGAGAGGAUCACAGGAAUACAGCCCACUCACAGGGUAGUAGAGGGAGGAUCACAGGAAUACAGCCCACUCAAAGGGUAGUAGAGGGAGGAUCACAGGAAUACAGGUCACUCACAGGGUAGUAGAGGGAGGAUCACAGGAAUACAGCCCACUCACAGGGUAGUAGAGGGAUAUCGUUAAUUUACUAUCAAUAUCUUUGCUGGGGAUUCCCAGUGGGUUGAAGAUCUAUAUGUACAAAGCUUGCCACCAGAACCUGCCUUGAAUAGUUGGAAAAUAAUAUGACAGCAGGAGACAUGUUAAGAAAAAGAGAAAAAACCUAAUCCUUUUGUCAUGACUGGUGUAUAUGUCUUUGUAGAGGAGUGAUGUUGACAGACAGUGAUUUCACUGGUAGCCAGGUUUGUUGAGUUUAUAUUUCCAAUGAGGUUAGACAACUGGCAAUAUAACAUUUGGCAGGAAUCAGUGGGGAUUGAAAACUGGCCUUUCAUAACUGGAAGCUGUGAUUUGAUUUGGUAUAUCUUGCAGAGCUUGACAUUAUGUUGUAGAUGUCUCCACGUUAUCAGGGUGCAAAAUAAAGAUGAGACCAGAUAUUAUGUUAGAACCAUCAGCAGCAGCUUGUAAACCAAAUAAAUCAACAUUUUGAGGAAGGAGGAAAAAUUUGAAAAAUAAUUACUCUUCUCCUCUUGGGGAUUAUUAUCGCCAUAGUUUUCGCAGCACUGGUGGCUUACUCCUGGCAGAGACUACAAGUGGAGUGUACAUAAUACUGUGGAGGAGCCAAUCAACUGAAGUAAUAGGUGAUAUAUGGGGAAUAUUGCCUCCAUUGAUUGACUGGAGAAUAGUGUUGUCUGUAAGGAUUGCUGCUACAGUACAGAUGUCCCAGAGGCUGGGAUAAAGAGUGGCUUGGUUUUGUGUUUUUGACUGGCAACCAUGAGAUAAGGCAUAGACUUCAGGCUUUGGUUUAGACAGCACACAGGCUAGCUCACCAGUACUGUUAAGACAGCUAAUCUUCUAGGUGUCAGUCUAGACCAGUGGACUUACAUCUGAUAUGUACAGACUGGAAGUGUGGUUAAGUUGACCAAUAUCUGGAAAAAACUGUUAAGAUAGAACCACGACUUAUGUGAAUGACUUGGUGAAGAUGGAACCACGUGCACGCACAGCUUAUUUGAAUGACUUAGAAAGGUUCGAAUCACAUGCAUGCACAGGUUAUUUAAUGACAUGGUGAGGAUUGAACCACAGUUUAUUUCAAUGACUUUUUAAGGAUAGAUAGCCACAGCUCAUUUCAUGACUUGGUGAUGAACUUGCUGCACCCAGCCUUCAUGUCUGCAGGGAUGUCACCCACCUUCUGUGGAGAAAUUGAGAUUUAGCCAGCAGGUCUUCAUGUGGACAAGAGGUUAUUAAGUGACAUUCCCAGUUCUGAUUUGUACAACAAUUAAAUUAAGCUAAUAGAGUCUGUGUUUUCUAUACUAUUUGGACUAGAGCUCAUUACUGCUUUUCCUGUUGCUGACAAUAUAUAUUUAUGAGCAGUUACUCUCACUUCUACAUGGAACUGGCAUUAUAGAUACAUUUGUCCCCAUAGUCUUCAACCUCAGGCUUCUAAUAUUGAUAUAGAUUUUGCUGCUGUGUAGGUAUUUGAAUAUGAAAGACCAGUAUUUUGGAUUACUUUACAACUUGGAUGCUGGCGUGUGUUGUUUAUACAUAUAUGCAUAUCUACAUACAUGCCAUUUUCAUCAGCCAACUGCCAGUUUGGAUGUUUGUCAAACCACAAUCUAGGUACAGGUUGUUUAAGCUCUAAAAUGGCUGUUCUCUUCGCAAACGUACUGUGCACACAUGAGGUUUGUUCUUAUAGGGUGAGAAAUCAAUUUUAGCUGACAAUAACUGAAGAUUCCUCACAAUUGGUGUGAAAUGAACCAGACGGUGGCCAAUGAUUCUGGAUGUUGAAUGAAGUGUAACUUACAACAUUAAGGAAGUAAUUAGGGGGAUGGACUGCUGUUUUAAUUAAAGUGCAUCUGACAUCUCUUCCUAAACCUCUGGCAGUGCUAAUUUGCUAGUGAAGAAGCCACUUAGUUGGAUGACUUGACUUCCCCCAGGGACAGUGAGAGCUGUGCUCUAGUCCAGGAGUAGAAGGACAUACUGAAUGCAUGGGAAUAGAGAACCAAGGGAUUGGCACAAAUAUUUAUUACAAGUUUGAGUUAAUUUCCAAAUCAAGAGGAAGCCUCAUUUCUUAUGGAUUUUGGUGAAUGUCCAAUGAAGAAUCUUCAUAGGAAAAGUAUAAACAGAGUUACUUUGGUCCAGCUGCUUUGGUAACAAAAAGUUUGCCAAUACCAGAAUAAAAACUUGGCCGACAGUUCAUGGAAUAAGAAAUCGUGAAAUAUAUCAAGAAAAUCUCAUUUUGUAACUGAGCAUAGUAUAUGAGGACAAAGAUUGGAAGAGCAUAUCUCAAAGAUUACAUUUGAUUUGUCUACACACUGUGAAUAAGUGUACCUAUGUUCACUGACAUAUUGUUCAGUAGUGCACCUCCUAUAACAUAUUGCUUCCCAGAAGAAAUCACUUCAGUGUAAUUAGUCAGUCAAGCCACCCUCUCAGUAAUGGCAGAGUCCCCAGCAGGCUCUCCUGUACCUCCUAAGAGACCAUUACGGAGGAGAUCAGCAGUAUCAGCAGAGAGGUAUGACCCAGAGGCAGAUGAAGAUGAAGGGGACCAAAGGGUAGUUCACCCAAAAUCAGAUGAGCAAAGAAAACGUCUCAGUGAAGCGGUGAAGAAUAUUCUUAUCUUCAGGUCCUUAGAUAUUGAACAGAUGCAAGAAGUUAUUGAUGCAAUGUUUGAGAAGAAGACACAGCCCAAUGAACAUGUGAUAGACCAGGGAGAUGAUGGAGACAAUUUUUAUGUUAUAGACAGUGGUACCUAUGACAUCUAUGUUGAUGACAACCUUGUUGGUGCUUAUGAAAACCAAGGCAGCUUUGGAGAACUUGCCCUGAUGUACAACAUGCCCAGGGCAGCCACUAUCAUUGCCACCUCUGCAGGGAGCAUCUGGGCCAUGGACCGUCAUACAUUCAGAAGAAUAGUACUCAAAAAUGCCUUUAACAAGAGGAAAAUGUAUGAAAACUUGUUAGAAACUGUGCCUAUGCUCAAGACACUAGAGCCUUAUGAGAGAAUGAAUGUAGCUGAUGCCUUGAUCUCAAAGACAUAUGAAGAUGGAACACAAAUUAUCAAGCAGGGAGACACAGCAGACUGCAUGUAUUUUGUAGAGUCAGGAGAAGUGAGGAUCACUGUGAAGAAUGAUAGUAAUGACGAAAAGGAAGUAAACAGGAUAAAGACAGGCGGUUACUUAGGAGAGCUGGCACUUCUAACCCACAAACCAAGGGCGGCGUCUGCGUAUGCUGUGGGUACUACUAAGUGUGCAGUGCUUGAUGUUCAAGCUUUUGAGCGUCUCCUGGGGCCUUGCAUGGAUGUCAUGAAACGGAAUAUAGAUGAAUAUGAAGAACAGUUAGCUCAAGUCUUUGGCUCAAAAGUGGAGAUCACAGACCUACGAUGAAAAAUAGACCAGAAUAUAAAACUUGUGUAAUAAAGUAUCAGAGUAUUAAGUAUCAAUUAAUUUUAUCUCUGUACUCUGUUUGGAUGAAAUUCAAAAUGAAAUGUAUGAUAAUUUAAGACAAAUUAAUUAACUUGGACAUUUCACUGCUCUGAGAGUAGACCGUGUACUGGGGAAUCAGUUUAGCUUUAUUCAUUGUAAAUCAGCACAAUCAGUUACUGGGUGCCACAUGUGACCAUAUGCAGCACUGUGUCCUGGGUGGCAGCAAGGUACUCACAUCAAUGGGGGUGGGGGUGGGGCAUAACCUAGACUGAGUGAUUUCACAAGUUUUGUUCUUCACUUUCUUGAUUUGUAUGGUGGCAAGGUAGGUUUUUUUUUUUUUUUUUUUUUUUUUUUUUUUUUUUUUUUUUUUUUUUUGGGGGGGGGUGUCUCUAUAAAAUCCACAGGUUGUGCUUAGUAGACAUAUAUCUUGAUUUGAAAGAGAAGACAAUGUAGAAGGGGAUGGGGGGGGGCUAACAUGUGUUGAAGUCAGUAUUUAAAAAUAAACCAUGAUUUUGUUGAUAUAAUUACAUGCUGUGUUGCAAACACUCCAGUGGUGCACAUGAAGUAGAUUUAUGUUUAAUAAGAUUUCAAUCUAGUCUUAUAGCAAGAGAAAAUGUUCUGGAGAGUGGAGUGGACUGCUCUUCUGUAGGGAGGGGCACACCAGGCGGGUUUAUACAGUAGUAAAUUUUGACAUGUUUGCUCUACAGCACCAAGGUCAGUGAUGAGUUGGGGUGGAUAUUUUUUGUAAUUUCUUUACCUGGAGCUAGACUGUAAUCUUACUUUGGACAUGUUAGCUGUAUGGUAUGGAUAUAUAAACCUAUAUGUAGACUUCCAAUGUUGAUUUGGUGCUGCACACUCAUCUGAGUAAUUAUUCAUAGUAUUUCAGUUAAUUUCUUUGUGUUGACAAAUGUGGGUUGUGCCAGUUGACAGCAUUUAUACCAAAUAUAUUUAAACCAAAUCUGAGUGUUGAAACUUGGUCGAUCACCUUGCCAUAAAUUGUGAGUUUAUCCAUAUGCAACAAAUUUUCAUAAGUCCCCCUUUAAAUUUAACCUCAAUAUGUCAUUAUUUAAGCAUAAGUAUAUUAUGUAGCAUAUUGCCAAAGUUUAAAGCAGAAUAUGAACACAUUUUCAGGAUAAAUCGAUUAGUAUUUAAUAUGUUCCAAGUAUUCACAUCUUCCUAGAAUAAUCUAACAAUGCUCAAAGUUGGCCGUUCUCGGGAGUAUGAUUAAUAGUUGAUAGAAAGUGGUUGAUGUUUAGUAGUAUUUAAUGUUUAUUCAUUGUACGUUUUCUGAGAAUUGUUGUAGAUAUUUCUAAUGUUAGUACUGUGUUAGUACAAUGUUAUUCAAUGUUGCUUCAUCUUGUCGUUGGCUGUUCUCAAUUUUUUAAUGAUUCCUGGUCACGUGCCCCUGGUCACGUGUUAAGAAUAAAUUAAAAGGUCCACAGCUUGCGUCUGUCAACUGCUGACAAAAAUUCACAAGUGGUUAUUUUAAUAAAAUGUGAAAAAAUA